AUGGCUUUCUCAGCUCGGCCGUUCCAACUGUCCCAGGCGAUCGCCAAACACGCAGUCUUCAUCUUCGGCGCCUCCUGGCCAAGUUUAUUCGAGCUUUUUUUGUUGCUUAGCAUUGCUCAGCUUUGCUUUUUAUGGUUUUAGUUGAGGUGAAAAUGGAGCUUCGAACAACCAAUGCAAAAAUACGGAAGAAAAUUCGAAAAUUUGUUGAAAUUUCAAGAUGAUCCUGUGGUCCUAUUUUUGUUUUUAGUGAUGAUUUUCCCUUGAAAAAUCAAAAAUUCUAGGGGAAAAUGAGUUUUCUCUUCAAAUUGGGAGAAGUCAGGUCUAAAAUUUUCGGAUUUCAACGGAAAAAUAUAGGAAAACUAUAGUCCAUUCCCCGCGACUUGAAAUUUUUCGAGUGUCUGCGUCUCUCUGUUCCGCCAGGGCAGAGAAACAUGAAAAGAUCACGCCAACAUGAGAGGGUCACGAGAAACGAGGAGGGCGCAGAGAGCAGAGAAAUUCCUUUUCAAGUAGCGCAGAAUAGACUAUAACUCAUUGCGUAUUUCGAAGCUCGAUUCCCCUUCCCCUAACUUCUCUAUCCAUCCAUCCAACUCCCUCUGCAGUUCGCGACGAAUCUUCCGAAUCUGAAAGCGAGUUCGACGACGACAUGAUCGAGGAGGACGAGGAGGACCUCAGCGAGGAGCGCGCCGACCAAGUCUACGUAGGCCCCAAAGACACCCCCGAGAUCACCGCACCUAAUGCUAAUCAGGCUUCAGGAUAAACGGACGAUCUCCUCCGGAUCGUCGAAACGCGACGAGGAGAUCACCCAUUCGAGGUCCCGGAGACGGCAACGGCGCUGA